UAUUGGGUUUCCGUUGCACUUGCGUCCUCCCCAGACCCCAACCCCUCUCCCUCGUCAUCUCUUCCGCUCGGCCGACUCCUGUUCGCCCGUCUCCACCACCACCCACUGGCCAGUCCAGCGGCCAGCCGGUGCCGCCGUCACCCGUCUAUGGCUCUGCUCCGCCUCCACCUCCCGAGGCCUCUGCUUUCCUCCCGCCGCAGCCCUGCCCUCCCUUCAGCUCUCUCCGCCUCCGCAACGUCGUGCUUGUGGCGCGGUCGUCUUCCCGCCUCGCGGCUUCUCUGCUCCAGUCACCCCGCCUUGGCCCCCGACGCUUCCUCCGCCGCCCCGCCCUCCAUCGUCGCCGGCCUCCUCGACUACCUCAACGAAUCAUGGACGCAGUUCCACGCCACAGCUGAGGCCAAGAGGCAGCUGCUCGACGCGGGCUUCAAGCUCCUCAGCGAGAGUGAUGACUGGGACCUGCAGCCCGGCGGCCGCUACUUCUUCACGCGCAACAUGUCCUGCUUGGUCGCCUUUGCCAUCGGGGAAAAGUACAGAGUUGGGAACGGAUUCAACAUAAUUGCAGCCCACACUGAUAGCCCCUGUCUCAAGCUCAAACCCAGGUCUGCCACUAUCAAAUCUGGCCACCAGAUGGUCAAUGUGCAGACGUAUGGAAGUGGGCUGUGGCAUACAUGGUUCGAUAGAGAUCUAACUUUGGCUGGGAGACUCAUCCUCAAGGCUACAGAUGGUUCCUUUAAGCAUGAGCUUGUCAAACUCACCAGGCCAUUGAUACGUGUACCGACACUGGCUAUCCAUCUUAACCGCACAGUGAAUACUGAUGGGUUCAAGCCUAACCUAGAGACUCAUCUUGUUCCACUUCUUGCCACAAAACAUGAAGACACACCUACAAAUUCUGAUGAAAAAAGCUCUAACUCUACAAAAGUCACCCACCAUCCACUACUUUUGCAGAUUCUCUCAGAGGAAAUCGGAUGUGACCCAGAUGAAAUAAUUGGUAUGGAGUUGAACGUAUGUGAUACCCAGCCUAGCUGCCUUGGUGGGGGAAACAAUGAGUUCAUCUAUUCUGGAAGACUGGAUAAUCUUGCUUCAUGUUAUUGCGCUCUCAGAUCUCUCAUGGACUCUUCCAAGAUGGCAGAACAAUUAUCCAAUGAGAAGGCCAUAAGAAUGGUUGCUAUGUUCGAUAAUGAGGAGGUGGGUUCAGAUUCAAUGCAAGGGGCUGGUGCACCAACCAUGUUCCAGGCUAUGAGACGAAUCAUCGAUUCCUUGAUGCAUCAGUCGAUGGGGGAGGGAGCUUUGGAACGUGCAAUACAUUCUUCAUUCCUUGUUUCGGCGGACAUGGCUCAUGCUCUGCACCCGAACUAUGCCGAAAAGCAUGAAGAGUGCCACAGACCAGAACUACAGAAGGGACUUGUCAUCAAGCACAAUGCUAACCAACGUUAUGCCACAAGUGCUGUUACAGCUUUCCUCUUCAAAGAAAUAGCAAGGAUUCAUAAUCUUCCCGUUCAGGAAUUUGUUGUGAGGAAUGAUAUGGGAUGUGGCUCCACUAUUGGACCCAUACUUGCUUCUGGUGUUGGCAUACGGACUGUAGACUGUGGUAUCCCUCAGCUUUCGAUGCACAGUGUACGAGAAAUGUGUGGUAAAGAAGAUGUGGACACAACAUACAGACACUUCAAAGCUUUUUUCGAGAUGUUUUCUGAUAUCGAUAGGAAGUUAAAUGUAGAUUUUUAAGUCCAAAUCCUUAUCUUUUUUUCAGGUUUGAAUAAUUAGUGGAAACUAAAACUAUGAUUGUCAAGCAUAGUAUCAAUCUAUCAAACUCAUAUUCUGAAUUUUUUUAGUUGAUAAAGAGGACGACGAAUUAGGAAAUCUCACUCUUGGUCACUUUUGUGGUGAUUUAAUAUGGCUGAUGACGGGGAUCAUCAUGGAGAAGCAUAAGAAGAGUACAAAAUGAAAUCUUUUUAAUUGGGGGUGGGGGGAGUAGAGGUCUUAGUGAUUUGACUAAAUUUAGAUUUCUUUCGGAUAUAUCCAGAGAACAAAGCUAGAUUUUAUUGCUCUCUUGAGAAAAAAGAGGGUUCUACUCAAUAACAUCUGUGGGGGAUGAGAGUUCAUUUGGCACUGGAUCGACCUCAUGGUCGCUCCGGUGGUAUUUUACUUUGAAUAAAUUUGGAAGUUUUCAGCAUUGCAACGAGUGAGUCUUGUAUGUAAACUUCCAUCUUGGGAAUAAAGAUCAUGGCUUCCAAUGGGGUC